AUGGCAUCAUCCUCGCCAAGACAAGUGGAUUACAAUGAGACAUUGCGCAAAAUUUCCAACAGUCUAGAAAAUACACUCAACACCUUUGGGCCCGCCUCGAGGCAGUACCAUGCCGUGCUUGAGAUCUUGAAAGAAUGCCUGCGAAAUAUCGAGGAUGACAAGAAGAAGAGCGCCGAAUUGGUGGUCGAUCCGGAUAUGCUGAGUGUUGCAAUGGGGUUUCUGGAAAUCAAAGAAUGA